AUGUCUUAUGCCCCGCACUGCCCGAGACCAAAGAGUAAACCCCGCUCGAACGGGCGCGCGCCUGUUGCAGAGAGCGGCCGCAACUGCAGCGGAGCGGCGUGCCUUUCGCUGGACGACGACGAGCCGCCGUGCCCGCCCGACUCGGUGCUGGUGACGCCGCCCCCGCCCUCGCUCUCCCCCUCGCCCACGCCAACGGCCUCGCCCUCGUUCUCGCCGCCGGCGUCGCCGGCGUCGUCCCUAGCGUCGGCGGCGCAGUCGACGUCCCCGGCGCCUGCGGCGGCGGCAGCGACGGGCGAGUGCGCGUGCGCGCCGGGCCGCUGCGUGACGCCCGUGUGCCGCAACGGGUCGCGGCGCGAGCUGAAGCAGCGCGGCUCCGGAGUGCCCGGCGACUGCUGUGACGUGUACGAGUGCGUGCCGCCCAGAGAGAAGAACUGCAGCGAGGUGGUGUGCCCGACGGAGUCGGGCGCGUGCCCGUCCGACAGCUUCCGCCUGCCGGGGCGGCGCGGGCCGCGCGACUGCUGCUCCGUGCCGCAGGGCUGCCAGUGCCUGCCGCGCGCCUGCGCCCCCCCCCGCGCCUGCCCCGCGGGCGCCGCCCCCCGCCGCACGCGCGCCGCCACGGCCCCCCGGCGCCUGCUGGCGCGGCCUACGACGCCCGCCCGCCACCCCCGCCCCGACUCCGCCGACGCCCCGCCCGGUAAGCCUCUUGCAUGCCUGCGGAUUACGCUAGACCAGCGUCGUGCAACUAGCGGGCCGCAAUGCCAUUUAUUGUGGCCCGCGAAA